AUGGGCGACACUCCUUUAUUGGAUGGAUUGUUUGAAUCAGCUCGUGCGGAAUUCCUUGCAGAGGUUUCGAAAUUUCCAAAGUCGCAAAGAUAUGACCCGUCGAAAAUUGAAACCAUUGAUGAUGUGUACAUUGAAGUCAUGAAAAUUCAGAACGAGCAGAAGAAGACAAAGACAUUGGCUGCUCUGAAACGGAUUGAGCCAUUCUUGAAUGGCUUGAAGGAAUACUUCAGCGCAGUCGAUACUUUUGCACAGAUCAAGCCUGAAAUCACCUGUAUCGUCUGGGGAACUUUGAGACUCAUUCUACAAUUCGCCAAUUCGUUGGUUACGGCCUUCCAAAAGCUUAUAGCACUGCUGUCGGACAUUGGGAACAUACUACCCAACUUCAAGAGGUAUAUCCAGACAGGUAUCUUCGACAACAACGACCAAGUCAAGCGAAUUAUGACCUUGUUCUAUCGUGAUAUUCUGGACCUUCAUCUUGAGAUGUUGAGGUUCUUCAGUCAUAGGGGUCUGCACAUGGUUCUCGAGGCACUUUGGCCCAAAUUCCGAACUAAACUAGCCACCAUUCAAGAAAAUAUCGGAAAACACCAAAGUCUAAUGACAAGCAAUGUAACAUUUGAACACUUCCUUCAGGCACUGGAACACCGGCAACUGUCGUUGAAGCAGUACGACGAACAGAGAAAUUUGAUAAUAAAUACCGAGUUGAAUGAAUUCCGCGAAGUUCUAUCCAGCCCUUUAUGCCUUUCAAGGUUUCAAACUUCCAUAGAGAACAUGACCAUGGGGACCGGUGACUGGUUGUUUCAGGACCCAGUAUUUACGGAUUGGCGCAAUUCAGACUCGACUGGUCAGCGCUGUCUAUGUAUUCAAGGCAUUCCAGGAUCAGGGAAAACAACCUUGUCAGCGAGAAUGAUUCAAAAGUUGCAGAAAGAUGGCGAGACCGUGCUCUUCUCCUUCCUAUCCCAUGACAAACCGUCGUUGGGAAGCAGCGUUCGACUGUUACACUCCCUGCUAUUUCAGGCCUUGGUCAGACAUCGUGAUUCGGUGUCGGCGAUUUACGCAGCCUAUAACGGCGAUCGAGAGAAGUUCAACGGGGAUGUGGAGUACAACAAGGAUCUAUUUUGCAGCGUGAUAGAGGUCUCUGGCCCUGCCUACAUCAUUAUCGACGGACUGGAUGAGAUCGAGGAAGGUAGACGCAAGUCACUCCUGAAGACACUAAUAGAAGUCGUUGAUCUCUGCGGGAACAUCAAGCUCUUGAUAAGUUCGCGAAAAGAACACGAUAUCUUGCAGACAUUUUGCGCGAGAGCAGUGUCUCUGGUCAUCAACGAAAGGAAUUCUAAGGAUAUUGAGCGUUACAUGGAACAGCAAGGCGAAGAAUGGACAGACGAAUUGCGGAGGUAUGGUGCUGACGAGACCGAAUGCAAUGAGCUGAGAAAUGAGCUGCAAAAAGUAGUGAUCAAAGCAGAUGGGAUGUUCCUUUAUGCUAAACUUGUCGUUAGCAUCGCAAAGUCUCAGGUGGAUCUUGAGGGCAUACGUUAUGAGUUGACAAAUCUCCCCGAUGGCCUUGACCAAGUCUACGGCAGAGUCUUGUCCCGGAUCCAAAAGAAUUCCUACGCCUCCAAAAUCUUACAAUGGCUGGCCUGCGCUAAAACCCCUCUGACUGAGCUUCAACUUCUUCAAGCACUUCUCAUAAAACCCUCCAUGUCGGAUUUUUUGGGAAGCCGAAGAACCGCCUUAUUGAACCUCCGUCAGGCGUGUGGGCCAAUCAUCGAAAUACACAACGAUACUGUGAGAUUUGCACAUUUUACAGCAUAUGAGUACCUAUUCGGAAAACAAAGCAAUAACUUUCUCAGCCACCAAAACGGCCACUUGGAGGCCUUAUAUGUUAGCCUCACCUAUCUGUGCUUCACUGGCUUCGAUGACAUCUUUUCGCCCGAGCUCGAAAGCGUGGACACAGGCCUUUUGCGAAAUCGUGUUUUGGCGGGUGAUUUUAUCUUGUUUCGCUAUGCUACACAGUUUUGGUUGGACCAUGCACAAGUCCUAGGGCGGGCCGAUGCACAAAUGACCGACGCUCUUUGUGAUCUUGUGGCUCGAUUCUACAGGGAUCGAGGCCAACUAAAUGAAGACAAUGAUCUGGAAUCCGGUAUUGACCCAUUCAUUGCAGACUUUCAGUCCUUCAACUUGAAUCCAACAACUCGGCAGACUCUGUCAGCUUCAGCACGAUUUCAUCAUCGCCUCAAAUAUGGACAUAUCUCUCCACAAGAUGAGUGGACGUUGGAAGACCCCACUGUGAUGUCUCUCGGACUCCGGAAUUUUCAACUCUUUCUAGAGACCAUGAUUGAGGAUUGUGAGAAGUCGUCUCAUGCUCAAGAGUGCCAUUGUGAAAAGUUGAAGAACAUGUACGGUGCAUCCAUUUUCAGGUGCAAAUGGCCACUCUGCCUCUCAAACAGCACUGGCUUUAAUUCAUCUUCCGAAAAGAAGCGUCACGAACAAUCCGCCCAUCGAGGGCGUUUCAUCUGCUCAGAGGCAUCAUGUCAAUAUCAUUACUUUGGCUUCUCAUCAUCCAACCAGCUGGCUAAACACAAGUCCGCUGUCCACGUACCGAAGUCCCAAGUCUCUGGCUCAUCGGAAGAACUCGAACCGUUGUCAACGGAAGAUUUGCUGACUAUCCUCGAAGAUGCAGUUUUUCACGAUCAGAUUGAGCAGACUGUCAACAUCAUCCAGCUGAUUACGGAACGGCAGGAACUGGCCAGUAUCGAUUUCAACCUUUUGCUACAGAUCGCCGCCUGGAGAAGUAGGACUUGCAUGGUUGAAACUCUCAUGCCUUUCUCGCCAAAAUUGAUGCGCGACCGCCAAAUCCAGCAAGUUCUCUGCAAUGCCAUCUAUAUUGCAGUGGAAUUGGGCAACUCGUUAACAGUUCGCGCUCUUCUAACAUUUGGUUUGAACCCCAAAACAACGUGCAAACCCGCAGCCCAUACGAAGCUAUUAAAUCUAUACUUUCGGCCCCGAAAAAUCCAACAUACCUCCCACUUCCGGGGGCGUCUCGGAUACGACUUGAUUACUUUUGCAAGAAACAAAAACGACGAUGCCCUUGUGGAAGUUCUCUGCAACUUCGGUUUCAAACCAACAAAGUUGACUUUCCACGGAAUGAUUCGUGAUGCGUUCCGCCAACAGCAAGAUUUGUCGGCCUUUUCAGCAAGGUGGAGGGAGCUCAUCACAGACCAAAAGAACUUCGUUUCUCAGGGAGUCAAACUUGCUCUCGAAGAACCAAACCCUGCUGUCCUGGGUUUCUGGUUACAGCAUGGUGCAGACCCCAAUCUGAGAAGCAUAGAAGUUUGUGGCCAGUCCCGCUAUUUGCCGACUGUCUGGUAUGGCACUGAGGUGUCAUUGACGCCGGUGGAGUACGUUAUGUCUCGGCUCGGUCAUGGAUUGCAAGAAAUACCCGGCCCCGGCCUUAUUGAAGUGAUAUCCCUUCUCGUGCAAUAUGGUGCAAAAGACCCCAAAAAGGUCUCUUGGAAAGACAGAGACAUAAGAGGCAGAAAAUUCAAAGAGACGAACGCGAAAGAGAUGAAUGAGGAAGAUAUGAAGGACAUAAUUGAUCGGGGUUUCGGCCGGGUGGAAGAAUAUUUUGGAAGGCCUUGGGACGAGAUCUUCCUGGCAAUGCAAGCUGGGCAGGAUCUGGAGCCAUAUAUGUCAUGA